GCUGCGUGAAAUGGGAAAAACUGGCAUUAAAGAGACUUGUGUUCAACCCUACACAGUAAACACUGGACUAGUGUGGUAUCCAAAGGCUCGUUUUCCAUCACUAUACCCAGUCCUGGAGCCAGACUAUGUGGCCAAGGAGGUUGUGGCAGCCACUCUUAGAGAUGAGGAAAUUCUCUUAAUUCCCCGUGCUCUAGCUGUGAACUUCCUUUUGACUGGGAUAUUACCAUUUAAAGCUCUUCUUGUUUUGAGUGACUUCCUUCAAGUUGGAGUCUCUGAACACACUCCAAGAGAUGAAAAGAAGUCUGAUUAACCUUUCACCCCUAUGGGUGACUGGCUUCUAAUGUGUCAAUUAAUUUGAAGCUUUGACAUCCCCCCCUCCCCCCACCUCACUGGGCAACCCACAAACAUUUGACUGUCCCUCGUGCAAGGGGGAUGGAGAAUUCAACCCUGCUGGAAGUGUCAAAUAUUUUCAGCAGAAUGAACUUGUUUUAUUAAGUUAUAUGGAAGUGUUUAUAGAUAAAGAGUUCAGUUGUGCGUGUGAAUAGCCCAGAUAAAAAAAGGUCUACAAGGUCUGAUCAUGCCUUUAAAAAUUAAAUUGACCAUCAAAUCCAACAUGUGGGCAUUUAAACACAAUUUAAGCCCCAGGAGACAGAUACUUGGAAAAAGCAAUCUUCAAAAGUUCAAAUGUCCAGGGGUUGGGGAGAUACUGAAGCUUCAAAUUAAUUUACACAUAAUUUGUCCGUGCAAUAACACCCCUGAAUCAAAUAUAAAGGUCAAAAGAAUGAGGAUCUGAUCACCAAUUUAAGUAGCACUUGAUUGUCAAAAUAAAUUCUCCUUACAAGUAGCCAACAUAGGAAAUGUAGAAAGAACCAGUGUGGAGAAUAUGAUUGAAUAUUAAUAUUGGGGUGUGAGUGGUUCUCUAGAAAUUGAGACUCAACUAACACCUCAUGAACUUUUUAGCUCACAAAUUUAUAGUAAGUUAGAGCUUAAACCUCAGCAAAAAUAUUUAUC